GAAAAGCCCAGAGAGAGAAGUGGAACAAGCUUUUACAGGAAAGAGGUGGAAGUGACAGAAUCAUGCCGUUAAAUCCAGUGAUAUCCAAGCUAAGUGGAAAGCUGGUUGUUCUGGCAAGCGCAUCUCCACGACGCCUGGAGAUUUUAUCAAAUGCUGGUUUACGAUUUGAAGUUGUUCCCUCCUGGUUUAAAGAAACACUGGACAAGUCCUUGUUUAAGCACCCAUGUGAAUAUGCAGUGGAGACAGCUAAACAGAAGGCUUUGGAGGUGGCUCAACGAAUGCCAUUUAAACACUUGAAAACUCCAGAUAUUGUUAUCGGAGCGGACACUGUUGUGACUGUUGAUGGCUUGAUCUUGGAGAAGCCUACAGAUAAACAAGAUGCUUACCGUAUGCUGUCCAGGUUGAGCGGGAAGGAACAUAGUGUCUUUACAGGUGUAGCGAUCGUGAUCUGCCGUGACAAAAAUAGUUCAGUAACAGAUUACAAAGUGGUUGAUUUUUACGAAGAGACAAAAGUGAAGUUUGCAGAAUUAUCUGAGGAGAUGCUUUGGGAAUAUAUCAACAGUGGAGAGCCCAUGGACAAGGCCGGUGGUUAUGGUAUUCAAGCUUUGGGUGGCAUGUUGGUGGAAUAUGUGCGAGGAGAUUUUCUCAAUGUAGUCGGCUUUCCUCUUAACCACUUCUGCAAGCAGUUGGGAUCGAUUUUCAAUAGUCCACCUGCAAGUCCUGCCCACAAAAUCAAACGGGACUGCGAUGAAGCUUGGACUCUUGUUAACAAGACCACCAAUGGGGAUGUUGAGCUACUAGAAAAUGUUAAAGAUGACAGUUUGACAUCUGUGCAAGAACAGAAUGUAAUGGGAUUAGAGUUUGCCAAGUGCAACAGACAGGACGUCCCCCACAGCAUCAUCAGCUUGCUGGAUGGGUUCAAAGUAUCAAAGACUCUAUUCACAGCAUCCAAACUGAAGGUGUUCGAUGUAUUAAACACCCCUGGUGGUCUAACAUUGGAAGAGGUAGCUGGCCAGAUCAACGCUUCUCUUUUAGGCACUGAAAGGCUUCUGGAAGCCGCUGUCUCCUUAGGCCUACUAGAAAGGGUCAGACAGGAAGAGAUCAGUGUGUACAGAAAUACAGAACAGGCCAGUCGUUUCUUGGUAACGGACAGCCCAGUGUCUCUGCAUGGAUAUAUUCUCCACUGCAAUGAUAUGGUGUGGCCUCUGUUCAGUCAUCUAGAGAGCGCUGUAAGGGAGGGCACCAGCCAACAUGAGCGGGCCUUUGGAAAGAAGAAAGAAGACGUGUUUCAGGAUGUUUAUUACAGUAAAGAUGAAGUUAAGAUACGGUUCAUGGAUGCAAUGCACAGCAUCGCAAGAGUGACUGGAAAAGAUCUGGCAACCGCAUUCGAUCUCUCAUGCUACAAAACAGCUUGUGAUAUCGGAGGUUGCACUGGUGCCAUGGCAUACGAGUUUACAAAAGCACACCCUGAGUUGUCAGUUACUAUAUUUGACUUGCCACAAGUCAUCGAGAUGAGACGUCAUUUCCAGCCGAAAGAAAAUGAUGAAAGAGUGUCAUUUGUUGCAGGAGAUUUCUUUAAAGAUGACCUACCUAAAGCAGACCUGUAUAUUCUUGCACGGGUCCUCCAUGACUGGUCUGAUGAGAAACUGCAUGUGUUAUUGAGUAAACUGUCUAAAAUGUGGACACCAGGUUGUGGGCUCCUGGUUUCUGAGAUCCUCCUGGACGAGGAGCGGAGAAGGCCGAGUCGAGCCCUGCUUCAGGCCCUCAGUAUGACAGAAGGAAAGCAGAGGAGCACAGCAGAAUAUAGUGCCUUACUGGACAAGCACGGCUUCACUCUUAAACAUGUCAAACACACGGACAACCUGCUGGAUGCCAUGCUAUUUGUGAAAGAAGAACAGAAUGACAAAAGAACAUUAUUAGGCUGUUCUUCAGCUUCCAUUGAAACCGCAGAACUUGAGUAAAGUCAUUUCUACAGCAUCUGCAUUGGAAACACUACAGCUGACUUCCAUUGAGUGCAAUAAAUGUAUUAGCUGUGUGUGUUUUUUAAAUAAUUUGAAUAUUUGUAGAUGAUCAUUGCUAAUUAAUGUGUUCAACUGUUAUAGAAUGCAUUAAAUAUGGUUUUGAAUC